UUCGUGGGCGUGGCGUCGCCGAGUUCCCCGGAUGAGCGCGCCGUGUUUGAACGUUGGGAGUUGAAGACGAGCGGCUGAAGGCGGGAGGGGAGACGGAGCGAGGGCCGGGCGCGGGACUGGCGGCUCCCGGACGGGGCGGGCCAUCAAGCAGGAUGUCAAGAGAAGAGGUCAAGGUGAUCCCCGUGAGGGUGGCUCUCAGAUGCCGCCCUCUGGUUCCUAAGGAAAUUGGAGAGGGCUGCCAAAUGUGCUUGUCUUUCGUCCCGGGAGUGCCUCAGGUCAUUUUGGGUAAUGACAAACCUUUUACCUACGACUAUGUUUUUGAUCCAUUUGCUGAACAAGAGGAAAUAUUCAAUACUUGCGUUGCACCCCUCAUUAAAGGCAUUUUUAAAGGGUACAACUCUACAGUUCUGGCUUACGGGCAGACGGGAUCGGGGAAAACCUAUUCUAUGGGAGGGGCGUACACAGCCAACCAGGGAAACGAUCCCACAGUAGGAGUCAUCCCCCGGGUGAUCAAGCUGCUCUUUCAAGAAAUGGAAAACAGGACGGAAUGGCAGUUCUCUCUGAAAGUCUCCUAUUUAGAGAUCUACAAUGAAGACAUCUUGGACCUCUUGGCCCCAUCCAGAGAACGUUCUUCUCAAAUCAGCAUCCGUGAAGACCCCAAGGAAGGCAUAAAGAUUGUGGGACUGACAGAACACGUGGUGACUUGUGCUCAAGAGACAGUCAUCUGCUUGGAGCAGGGGAACAAUUCUCGAACGGUGGCUGCCACAGCGAUGAACACGCAGUCGUCUCGAUCCCAUGCCAUCUUCACCAUUUCUGUUGAGCAGAGGAACAAGAAGGACACGAAUGUCAGCUUCCAUUCCAAGCUGCACCUUGUGGAUUUGGCAGGCUCCGAAAGACAAAAGAAAACCAAAGCAGAAGGAGAUCGGCUAAGGGAAGGAAUCAACAUUAACAAAGGCCUCCUCUGCCUGGGAAAUGUCAUCAGUGCUCUCGGGGACGAGACUAAGCGAGGCAACUAUGUCCCUUAUAGGGACUCGAAGCUCACACGCCUCUUGCAAGAUUCCUUGGGAGGCAACAGCCACACUCUCAUGAUCGCCUGCGUUAGCCCAGCGGAUUCCAACAUGGAAGAGACUCUGAACACUCUUCGAUACGCCGACCGGGCGAGGAAGAUAAAGAAUAAGCCCAUCGUGAAUGUCGAUCCCCAGGCAGCCGAGAUCACCCAGUUAAGACUGCAGGUUCAACAGCUUCAAGUCUUACUGCUGCAGGCUCAUGGUGGGACACUUCCGGUGUCUAUUGGUGGAGAGCCAUCGGAAAACCUGCAGUCCCUGAUGGAGAAGAACCAGGCCCUGGUGGAGGAGAACGAGAAGCUGAGCCGGGGGUUGAGCGAGGCUGCUGGUCAGGUCGCCCAGAUGCUGGAGAGGAUCAUUAUGACAGAGCAGCAGAACGAGAAGAUCAACGUGAAGCUGGAGGAGCUGCAGCAGCACGAGGCGCUGAAACUGGAUCUUCAGAAGCUGCUUGAGGCUCUGGAGGACGAUGAGCUGAAGCAGCACGUGGAGCUGAUUUGCAGCCUGCAGCAAGCGAUUGCCCGGUUGCAGAAAGAAAGUCCUCCCUGCGAUGGCGAAAUGGACACGUCUGGACAGGAAUCCGGGGCUCCCGCAGAAGCUAGUCUGGGCGAUCAGAGCUCGUCGGAGGAAUACGCCACUCGGCACGCUCUCCACCAGGCUCAGAUGUCCAAAGAGCUGCUGGAGCUUAACAAAGCUCUGGCUCUGAAGGAAGCCCUGGCCAAGAAGAUGACUCAGAACGACAGCCAGCUGGAGCCCAUUCAGUGCCAAUACGAGACUAAUAUCAAAAACCUGGAAGUGGAAGUUGCCAAGCUGCAGAAGGAGAAGGAAGACCUGGUCCUGACUCUUCAAAUGACAAAAAAGGACGUCACUCAAGCCAAACUCAGCGAGCGCCGCAGGAAACGUCUUCAGGAGCUGGAAGGGGAAAUGACGGACCUGAAGAAGAGGCUGAAGGAACAGUCGAAGCUCCUGAAGAUGAAAGAGACGAGCGAGCAGACGGUCUCCAAACUGAACCAGGAGAUCUGGGCGAUGAAAAACCAGCGUGUUCAACUCAUACGCCAAAUGAAAGAAGAUGCAGAGAGAUUUAGGCAGUGGAAGCUGCAGAAAGACAAGGAAGUGAUCCAGCUGAAAGCACGGGACCGCAAGAGGCAGUACGAACUUGUCAAACUGGAGCAGGACUUCCAGAAGCAAGCCAAUAUCCUCCGGCGAAAAGCUGAGGAGGCAGCUGCUGCCAACAAACGCUUGAAAGAUGCUCUUCAGAAGCAGCGGGAAGUUGCCGACAAGCGGAAAGAGAACGUAAACCGCGGGACCGAAGGCAUCGCUAACCGGGUGAAGAGCUGGCUUGUGAACGAGGUCGAGGUCCUGGUUCGUAUCCAAGAGGCUCGGCACCACCUCAACGACCUUCUGGAGGACAGGAAGACGCUGGCUCAGGAGAUCGCUCAGCUGAAAGAGAAGCGGGAUGCCGGGGAGAACCUCCCCUCGAAAUACAAGAGGCGCACAUUCUCUCACAGAGCCAUGGAAAUCAACCUUUCCAUCACGAAGCAGAUUGAGAGUCUCGAAACGGAAAUGGAGCUCAGGAGUGCCCAGAUUGCGGAUCUGCAGCAGAAGCUGCUGGAGGCAGACAGUGGAGACCACAAGAAGCAGCGCUGGGAAAGCAUCGCCACCAUUCCGGAAGCCAAGUGUGCCAUCAAGUACCUGAUCGGGGAACUGGUCUCCUCCAAAGUGGAGGAUGGGAAACUGGAGAGUCGCCUUCAGCAGAGCAAAGCGACCUGUUCGGACAUCCACAAGAUGCUCCUGGAAGAGCGGAAGGCGGCGGCCGAACUGGAGGCGGAGCAUGAGAGCCGGAUGGUCCGGAUGGAGCAGCAGCAUCAGGAGAAGGUUCUGUAUUUGCUGAGCCAGAUUCAGCGCAAGGAAGAAGCGGAGAAGAAGCUGGAGACCUCCAUUUCGGAGAGGGAGCAGCAGCUGCUCGAACGCCUCAACUUCCAGGAUGCGGAGCUGGCAAAAAUGAAGGAGGUCUUUGAGAAGAACCAGGAGCUGUGCGAUGAGCUUGAAGCUGUCAGACAGAACCUGAGGAUUCUUGAAGCAGCCAGCAGCCAGAAAAUCAGCAAUGUCCAGCAAGCUGUUGCAGACACCCCUGAGUCUCCUUUUGAUUACAUUCCACCCAAGCCCAAGCCUCGCAGGCAAACCACAGCCAGGCCCUUGCCUGAGUUGGCGGCAGAAGAGCUGUCCGAGUCGGAGGAGUCGGGAAGAGAAACCGAAGAUGCUGAAUGGGUGCCAGCAAAAAUGGCCAGAGGAAUCAAGAAGAGCUUUCUGGGGUGUAACUGCAAAGGCCGCUGCGGCAACAGGCUGUGCGGCUGCCGGAAGCAGAAGACGGAGUGUUCGGAGGACUGCCGCUGUGACUUUGAAAAGUGCCGCAACCGGCCCAACAGCAUCCUGGAGGGGAUGCUCAUGGAAGACUCCUCGGGAGACUCCAAGGAGGCCACCUUCAGCCUGGAAGACCCCACUCUGGUGCCAGGAGGGGACACGUUCUUUGACCCGCCGGCUGUCACCCCCACCAAGCAGGUCUUGAAGCCAGUCAACGGCCAGGAGCACUUGGCCUGUGAAGAGAAUGACACCAUUUCCUUCUUCACUCUGGGCAACCUGGACACGGAGAACCAGCAGCCGGUGGUGAAGAAGAGGCGGAAGCGGAUCCUGAGCAGCACCAACAGCUUCUUUGCCAGCUGCACCCCCAUCAAGGAGGACUUUGUGGAGGGCUGACGGGGCAGAGGCAGCGGUCAAGGGACCCUACUGGACCUGGUGCUCUUUAACGUCUUUCCCCCUCCCCCCAAUUUAGAUGAUUUUGAAUAAAGUAUAGGUGAAUCUGAAUAAAGAAGUUUUAGGUAGAUGAA